GAAAAUUAUUUUAACCCGGCAGUUUUAUUUUUAUUCGAUCGUGGGGCGAACACAGUUUAAAAUAAACAUGCAAUAGUCUAGUGACGUCUGGAUAGAUCUGUUCCCUUUUUAAUACGAUGCAGAAGCAGUGCCAGUCUCAGUAUUGCGUUAGAGACUUUCGAAAGAGAUACCGGCAAUCAAACUUUUAACAUUUAAAUUUCUAAUAUUUCAAAGAAAAUCAUAUAAUAUUUAGUUCUUGUUAAACAACAUGACAAAAACAACAAAUUUGACUGCGCAUGAAUGGAAGGAGAAGGGCAAUGUGGAAUUCAAUAAAGGAAAUUGGUCAGAAGCUUUAAGUUGUUAUACAAAUGCAUUGAAACUUACAAAUGAAGAUAAUUCAGAGAAAGCUAUAUAUUAUAAGAAUCGUGCAGCUACAUAUUUAAAACAAGAAAAAUAUAAUAAAGCAAUUGAAGAUUGUGAUGAAGCUCUUAAAAUAUCUCCAAAUGAUCCAAAAGCAUUGUUUCGUCGAUGUCAAGCAUUAGAAGCAUUGGAAAGAUACGAAGAAGCAUAUCGUGAUGCAAGAUACAUUAUUUCUGCAGAUCCUGGCAAUAAAGCAAUUCAACCUAUUGCUGCAAAGUUACAUGAAAUUGUCCAAGAAAGAUAUAGACAAAAUUCUCGUGUUAGUGUAAAGGUAUCACAAAUGAUAGAUAUAGCUUUCGAAAUAAAAGGAGAUAGUGAAAAACGAGAAACAGCAAUGAACAAUUUACUUGUUCUUGCUCGGGAAAGAGCUGGAGCAGAAAUAAUGUUUAAUGAUGGAGUAGUCUCUAAAAUAAUAAAGAUGCUUAAACUUGAGAAAAGUGAGGAAAUAAUAACAAUUGGUGUUCGAAUUAUUGCAGAAUUAUGUAAAGAUAACAUUAAUAGAACUGAAACUAUUAUAAAGCAAAUUGGUAUACCUUGGUGUUUAGAGAUGAUCAACAGUAUAAUUGCAGAAAGAGUAAAUGCUGCUCAAUAUUGUUUACAGACAAUACUAAACACAUAUAGUGGAAUGACUAACAAACCAGAUUCAAAACCAAACAAAGAAUUGUGUGAUAAAUACAACAAGGAGAUAGAUACUAUUUUAUCUUGUUUACUGUACAGUGUAACAAGCAGAACAAUUUCUGGACUAGCUAGAGAUGCAAUUAUAGAACUUAUUAUGCGUAACAUCCACUAUACUGCAUUAAAUUGGGCAGAACGAUUAGUUGAACUUCAUGGUUUGAAACGUUUAAUGGAAGUAGCUAGUGAGCUUGAAGAAUAUAAAUAUGAAUCCUCAAUGCACAUUACAUCAUCUACUAGAACUAUAACAAGUGUGUGUUUGGCAAGAAUUUAUGAAAAUAUGUAUUAUGAUGCAGCAAAAGAAAAAUUUAGAAAUGCUAUUGAUGAAUAUAUAAAAGAUAAACUACUAACACCAGAUAUAGAAUCUAAGGUUCGUGUUGUAGUUGCAAUAACAACUUUAUUGCUUGGUCCACUAGAUGUUGGAAAUACAAUAAUUGCUAAGGGAGGUAUUUUAGAAAUGAUACUUGUUAUGGCAGGAACAGAAGAUCUAUUACAACAAAAAGUUGCUUGCGAAUGUAUUAUUGCCGCUGCAUCCAAAAAAGACAAAGCUACCACAAUUAUCAAUCAAGGCGUGAAUAUAUUAAAGAAGUUGUACCAAUCUAAAGAUGAUUCUAUUAGAGUACGUGCUUUAGUAGGAUUGUGUAAAUUAGGUAGUUCAGGUGGUACAGAUGCUACAAUAAGACCAUUUGCUGAUGGAGCAACGAAAAAAUUGGCUGAAGCUUGUAGAAGGUUUUUAAUUAACCCUAAAAAACAAAAAGAUAUGAGAAAAUGGGCAGUGGAAGGAUUAUCAUAUCUUACUUUUGAUGCCGAAGUCAAAGAAAAAUUAAUUGAAGAUGUACAAGCAGUUCAAGCAAUGAUAGAACUGGCCAAAACUGGAGAUCAGUCUGUAAUUUAUGGCGUCGUUACUACAUUAGUGAAUUUAUGUAAUGCAUAUGAUAAACAAGAACUUAUACCAGAAAUGAUUGAGUUAGCGAAAUUUGCAAAACAUCAUAUACCAGAAGAACAUGAGUUAGAUGAUAUAGAUUUUGUAAAUAAAAGAGUAAUUGCAUUAGCUAACGCCGGUGUAACAUAUGCCUUAGUCGCACUUUCUAAAACAGAAAGCCAAAAUAGCAAAGAACUAAUAGCACGUGUAUUUAAUGCAAUUUGUAGUCAACCGGAUGUACGAGGAAUUGUUGUUCAACAAGGUGGAGGAAAAGCACUUUUACCAUUAGCUCUAGAUGGCACAGAUAAAGGAAAAAAACAAGCAUCACAAGCUCUCGCACGAUUAGGAAUUACAAUAAAUCCAGAAGUUGCAUUUCCUGGACAAAGAAUAAUGGAGGUAGUUCGACCAUUUUUAAAUCUUUUAAAUCCAGAAUGCUCUGCACUUGAAAACUUUGAAGCUUUAAUGGCCUUAUGCAACUUAGCCGGUGUUAAUGAUAGUAUUCGAAAACGAAUUUUAAAAGAAGGAGGCUUCCAAAAAGUUGAAGCUUAUAUGUAUGAAGAUCAUGAAAUGUUAAAACGUGCAUCCACGCAGGUUAUAAAUAAUUUAAUGAUGUGUGAAGACACUAUUAAGUAUUAUGAACAAGAAAACGAUAGAGUUAAAUAUCUGGUCAUUCUUUGUGAAGAUGAAGAUGUAGAUACAAGCAUGGCGGCAGCAGGGGCCUUAGCAAUGUUAACAUCAAUUAGCAUAAAGUCUUGCAUAAAAAUAUUUGAUUCAAAGGAUUGGUUAGAAUCACUACAUUAUUUACUUGCUAAUCCAAAUUCUGAUUUACAACAUAGAGGGAUUAUAAUAGUUUUAAAUAUGAUGAAAAGUACAAAAGAUGUAGCAAGUAGAAUGAUUGAAACUGAUGUAAUGGAAAUUUUAAUGGCUUUGACAAAGAGUGAUACAGUGGAAAACAAAAAAAUUAAAGAAUUAGCAGCUAAAGCAUUAGAAGCUGCAGCAGAAUGGAAACUUAUUAGGAAAAGUGAAAAUGAAGAACAAGUACCACAAAAUACAAAUAAUUUGGAAAAUAUUGAAUAAAUAUAUACAGUAUGCACUUAAUUUAAUUUUGGUGUGUAAAGAAUAUCUAAUAAUGAAUAUUUAUCAUAAUACCGCAAGGUGCCUAAAGAAAGAUUAUCAAUUUCAUCUUUCAUAGCAAACAACACAAUAAAAUAUUUAAGUAAUACAUUCAAAAAUUUUUAAGAUGAAAAUAUACAUUAUAAUUUAAAAAAUGGAUGAUUUAAAGCUUGAUCUGCAGUAAGACGUGUUUUGUAAUCUAAAUCCAAUAACCUUAGUAGAAGAUGAUAAGCUUCUUUUGGAAACUGAGUGUCCAAUGAUACCUUAAAAUAUAAAUAUUUUUUAACAUAAAAUCUUUAAUACAUUACAUUGCAUAUUAUUUAAAAACAAAAAUAUUAUACUUGAAUUCUUAAUUAUAUUUAUGAAUAAAUGUUAAAUUAUAGAAGAUA